AUGUUAGACCAAGUUGAAGAUAGACCUAUUCCCUUGUGGUUGGAUUGUGAUCCUGGCCAUGAUGAUGCCUUUGCAAUUCUGAUCGCCGCUCAUCAUCCAUCUUUGGAGCUGCUUGGAAUCAGUACUAUCCAUGGAAAUGCAUCGUUAGAGAAGACAACCGCCAAUGCCGGCAGCAUUCUGGAGGCGAUCGGCAAGCCCGACAUCCCUGUCUAUCCUGGUAGCAAUAAGCCGUUUUCGCGACCUGCUCUUCAUGCGCCCGAUAUUCACGGCGAAUCUGGUCUUGAUGGGACCGACCUCCUCCCCAAGGCCACUAGACCACCUGUCACCGAUAAGAACGCCAUUUUGGCCAUGAGAGAUGCUCUGCUUGCACAGCCCAAAGGUACUCCCUGGGUAGUUGCAACGGGUACUUUGACUAACGUCGCAUUGUUAUUCGCAACGUUCCCGGAGGUGGCUGAACACAUCCAGGGCCUGAACAUUAUGGGUGGUGCCAUCGGUGGGGGAUUUACCGAUGCUCCAAUGAGCAGACUCCAAGGUGAGAAGUCUAGGAUUGGAAAUGUGACCCCGUGGGCUGAAUUCAAUAUCUAUUGUGACCCGGAGUCUGCCGAGUCAAUCUUUAGCAACCCGGUUCUUGCAUCUAAGACAACUAUGAUCGGCUUGGAUCUCACACAUCAGGUUUUGGCCUCACAAGCCGUUCAAAUGCGCAUCUUGCAUGGCUCGAUCCACUCGACUGAGGAACCCACUGUCCUUCGGCAGAUAUUGCAUGCACUACUCACUUUCUUCGCUGCCACAUACGAAAAAGCUUUCGGGUUGACCACUGGACCUCCAUUGCAUGAUCCCAUUGCCGUGGCCGUUAUCUUGUCGACGCUAAAUCCAACCUUCGCCAAGAAGCACCCUAAUCAAGCUCUUACUUUUGAUGACAAAGGCGGCGAGCGUUUUGCUCUGAGUAUUGUCACAGAUGGGCAACAUGGGGAAGAUGUAUCCAUAACAGGUCAACUGGGCCGCUCGAUCGCUACUCCUGUUAAUGGUCCGGGAGUUGCUGUUCCCAGGGGCGUCGAUUUAGAUGCUUUCUGGAACAUUAUUCUACAAUGUGUCCAGCUAGCCGAUGAUUGCAAUGCUGCACCCAAGCCCUGA